UUAGACACAUGAGAGUCCCCGUGAUGCAGCAGCAGUAAAGUUGUCAGAAACUUUGUAAAUGUGGAAAGAGACCUCCAGAGACAGCCAGGAACACACCAGGUCACAGGAAGAGUCUCUCUGUGCCGACUGGACCUUUAACACAUAAGUUAAAUCUACACAUUAUUAAAUAGUUUCGCGUUUCGUCCAAUAUGUCCAGAGGAAAACAAUUCUACGGUGGAGACGGGAACGACGUCCAAGACUCCCUCAAGUCUUUGGCUGACUUCCCUUUCUACUUGAACACCUUUAAUGACUGCGGUAAGAAAAGAAAUGUCCACGUUGGUACGUUGUUUUUAGGCAGGAAAAGUAAGUUGUAAAAAUACAUUUUGGGAUUUUGAGGCCAGAGGUUUUUCUUCACAAGACAGUAGCUAUAUUUUAUUGUUAUUGUUUAAUUGUGUUACAUAUGCACCAACACUGUUUUUUUGUUGUUAUAGUAAAGUAUGCAACAACCCUUGCCUACUAACUACUUGCCUUUUACAAGCAUACACUCUCCCCUGCAGGGGGUGCACUUUCCCCAAAAGCCUGCACCUCAUUUAUCGUUGCUUGGUACAGUCCUCACUUAUGCCAUAUAACAGACUGCACCUGAAACAGUCCUCGAUCUGGGUUUCAUCAAAUCAUUAGUUUCUUUGUGAGAUCAUGUUGUGUUUUUUUUCUUUCUUUCUUUCUUUACCUGUUGUAUUCAGAUGUUGUCAAAUCAAUUUCAUUUACAGAAGCCUAAAUUCACAAAACCCAUUUCUUUCAAAUGACUUAAGCCAUACAAAAUUGAACAAUCCUCCUAAAUACCCAUACAACAGUGGGGUAUAAAGGCAACAGUCAGUAGUCAGUAAUUAUUUUUCUGCUAAAAUCAGUAUUUCCUGACGUUAACAUUUUUUAUCAAAUGCAACUUCCAGGAGAGAGGAAAUAUCAGUUGAAACAUCCACAGCAUCAUCAAUAUCUUAAUUGUUUCUCUUCAUUUUCAAUAUUAAGUCUCUUUUAAGACUAUUUUACCCUUGUGAAGGCAAACAGGAAAGGACACUAAACUAAGAAUGUGCUGUUGGAAUACUAAUGUCCCUAAAUACAGUCUUCAUUCAAUAUGCAUACACAAUCUUACUCUGCUCUGCACAUUUACACCCGUUUGGUGCAUGAAAUUAAAGGUUGAACAAGAGUCCAACAAGUUCCAUUGCGCAAAAAUAAUUCAGUCACUUCAUAUGUCGUUAACCUUUCAUAAUAAAAGUCUCUUUAUUUAUUUAUUUGUAUAUGCAUUUGUCAAAACGACCACUUGUUUUGGUAUCCUUAAUUGACAAGUUCAGAAAUUGUGUUUUUCACCACCGUGACAUUCAGUCAGACGUCGGUCACGCUGGACUUGUACACGACAACACACACAGACACAACAAUAGUUGUCAGGGGCAGUGAAGGCGGUUUGAACAUUGUGUUCCUCCACGAAAAAACAUCCUGCAGAGGAGCGCGUGACAUCGCCAGUCGCGCGCUCAGUGUGGCGUGGAGCGCGUGCGUGGAAACGUGAGAUGACGUGUUGUUUGGCUCCUCGAAAGCUCUGCCUGUGAAACGUUAAUUAGUGCAAACAACACAACAACAACAACACAGUGUGUGACGUCUGCGGUCAUCGAUUGACUGGUGUCUAUCGUAGCAGAUUAGAAGACACUGUUAAUUGGUACAGGAGAACAACACAUGUUCUACAUCUCAAAAUGAACAAAAUUAUAUUAAAAUGUCGGUUUGAAAACACAGCCUAAUUGUGUUUAAGUUGGACUGUGUAUUUACUCCGGAUUUGUUCAUGUGUUUGUAUUUUAUAUGCCCUCUCUCUGUAAACGAACUCGGUAACCUCUGUGUCGGGUACGCGCCGGUUGUUCCAACGGGGAGCGCGUUCCCGCGGCCGCACGUGCUGGAAACGUGAAAACCACGCCCCUUGACAGAUUGUUCUUUAGUGUGAACGAAGGAGGUGGAGUCACGUGUUUGGCCACGAGUGUCUUUGUGGGGAGUGAAGGGUGAGCGGGAGGGGGAGAGAGAGAAAGAGAUAGAAUGGAUGUGAGUCGGUGACAAAGACAAAAGAUAUUUUUGUGUUUGUGUGCGUGAAGAGAUAUUGCGACUCUUCGUGUUAUUGUACUUCACCUGUGGACUCUGCUGCCGCUUUCCUUCACAGGAGUCCGUGACUUAAUUGACAUUUUUUUGAAUAAUGAACGGACUGUAAAAAAAAAUACUACUUUGUAAACAAAAACAAGCAAUCAGGCGCUUGCGUGUGUAGCAUGUGCACGUACAUUGAAAACGAUAUUCCUAGUUGGAGGACAAACAGCCAAUCAACGUCCACUACUCUCUACGGGGCGGGCCUUGUGAUCAGUGAAUAUCCAAUGAGCUCACACACGGAGCGGGAGAAGAGAACAAGAGGUUUUUUCCCCUGUAGUGUAGUGAAAUGUUGUACUGCCGUCGAUAAACGCUAGUGUUGACAUACAGCGGCAUUCAUAGUCGAUUCUACUUGAUUGUCCAGGCGUGUUUAUUGUUGUUAUUUUCACCGCGGAGCAGCAGCUUGUCCUCGGCAGCGGCAGGAACGUCGACUCGGUCUAUAAUCGAAGCUUGACAGCGAACAAUGCCUGGAAAAGACGCGGUGUCAGUGGUGAAGCAGCCCGGUGAUAACGUCGUCCCGGCGGCUUCACAGAAAACAUUUCCCUUCGCUUUAAAGAAGGUCAUGGACAUUCCUCCUCCUAACAUCCUGGAAGAAGGCGAAGACGAAAUAGAGAAGGAGAAACUAAGCACAUCAGAAGAUGUGGACGGAGGUGUGGCUGAGGCAGCCAGCCUUGACGGAGGUUCCAGAGGUGGAGCAGGUGGCGGCAGCGGCGGAGGAAUCGGAGGUGUGUCUGCCUCCCUCGUUCCAGCCAUUUGGGAGAAGACCAUUCCCUACGAUGGGGAGACCUUUCAUUUGGAAUACAUGGAUCUGGACGAGUUCCUCCUGGAGAAUGGGAUCCCUGUGAGUCUGGAGGACGAGGAGCUGCAGAAGACUCUGUCCUCGGUGGAGGGCAAAGGCAAAUUCAUCCCUAAGGUUGCUGUUCCGACUGCUACUGUCACCACUGCUUCUAAUACGACGACGGCUGCUGCUGAAGCUGCUGCUGAAGCUGAUUCCAUUCUUGCCACAGCGUCCUCCCCUUCUGCCUCUGCUAUUCCCACUGUCACCUCGGAACCUGAAGAAGAUGUGACGGUCACGACAUUACAACCAGCCAAACUUGAAGAGGAAGACGAUGAAGAGGAAGAGGAAGAGGAGGAAGGACAGGAAGAUGAAAUGUUGCCUGAGAAAACGGCAGAGGUGAAAGUGAAAGAGAAGAAGUCGGAGCGCAACACACCUUCUCCCAUUGACCCAGAUGCCAUCGAGGUGGACAUUCCGUUUCAGCCGGAUCCCACAGACUUGGUGCUGUCCAGUGUGCCGGGCGGAGAACUGUUUAACCCCCGCAAACACAAGUUUUCUGACGAGGAGCUAAAACCGCAGCCUAUGAUCAAAAAGGCCAAAAAAAUCUUUGUUCCUGAUGAGCAGAAGGAUGAGAAAUACUGGUCCAGGAGGAAGAAGAACAACGUGGCGGCAAAGCGAUCUCGUGACGCGCGGCGCCUGAAGGAGAACCAGAUCACGGUGCGUGCCUCCUUCCUGGAGCGGGAAAACGCGGCGCUGCGACAGCAAGUGGCCGAGCUGCGGAAGGACUGCGGCCGCUGCCAGAACAUCCUGGCUCGUUACGAGGCCAAGUACGGCCCUAUGUAAAGAAGUGAGAACGUGUGUCGACAAGACAAAAGCAGAACUCCCUUCCCCACAGAAACUUCAACAUUGACACAAACACCAAGGGAUUCUCAUAUUGCACUUCUGUCUCCGCUGACCCCGGUCACUGUGUUCUGGGCUCCAGUUGUGGUUUGUUUAGACGUAACACUGGAGUUUUGGAUACACACACCGGGAGGCAGUGAGGCAUGAUGGGAGCAAUAGGUCACAGGAAGGCCUGUGGAGAGCGCCUGGCUACUGCACCAGGAGAAGGAGAACGGAUGAUUGUGGGUCCUCUCCACGAGCAUACUCACAAGGAAUGUACAGGCCGUCUGAAGGGAAAAAAACAGGAGAGAGAACAGUGGUUCAACAGAAUCAUAACAUUUCUUUUACACAACUUAACGGAUUCAUUUCCAUCACUGCGUUAGCAGUUAAUUCUCGUGGAGCGAAGCAUGUGGCGUGAGGUUGUGUAUUUAGGCCGGACAACACACGCGGUCACUCACCUUUCGUGUGUUUCACCUAGGUUUGUGUCUGUACUUCCUUUAAAAAGUCCUUCCUCAGAAGGAUGCUAUGAAAAAAAAAAGCAGGGAAUGACAAAAAGAGGAAGAGGAGGAAGAGGAGGAGGGGGAUUUUUUAGAGACAGAUGAAACUAGAGGAAAGAAGAAGAAGAGUUUAUUAGUGGCAGGGUUUCCUCACACUGAAUCCUGUUUUGUAACUAACACGCACACACACUGUAAAUACAUAUUCAUCCACCAGCACCAUGUCAGUAUGUGUGUGUGUGUGUGUGUGUGUGUGUGUAAUCAUUUUUGCACUUUUUUCCUAAAAGAACAUUGUGUGUUAUCAGCAGCAGGUGUCGGAGGGACAGCACACACACAGUCGUUUGUAUUGACUUAAACAGAACAUGCAUGAGCUACAGUUGUAUUCCUACUGUGAUUCCGUGUCCUUCUCUACUAACCUCAGAUGAGCUUCCAGAGCCUCCUAUUAUAUUUUGAUAACAGAAGACAGCCCUCGAGUUUGACCAGAGGACAAUAAAGAAGAGAGAGUUCUUAUUUUUAUGAAGGUAACUAAUGGCUCAAGUCCGAUGACGUAGAUGGCCCUCACUAGUGGAGGGGUUAGAUUAUAAGGCAGGGAUGUUUAUUUUACUGCACACUGCAGGUAGAGGGUGCUAGAGGCACUGCCUGCUCACGGUGUAGUGAUGGUUGGAUUGCAGGCUCAAAGUUGACUGAUCUAAGUCUAUGGAUUAAAUGUUUGUCUCUUAUAUUGACAGGAGUUCAGACAGUGUGUCUUUAUUAACCCAGUACUGUCCUUUAUCUUAUAUCAGCCAAAUAGUCCGUGAGUGCUGUCUUUAUUCUGAUGCUUACGAUGCAUCCAUCUGUAGGUGGUGGUGUACAACAGUAUUUAAGAUAGUUCAAUACACUUUGGAAACAAAACUUGUGAUUUAAAAAAAACAAGGUCUCAGCAGGGAAUGAAAUUGAUAAACUGUGCUUUUGAAUAUUUAUUUUAAAAACAGAUUUAUAUUGGUGUUUUUCUUUAACUCGUCACAUUCGACGGUGUGUGACCGGGCAGAGAAAAGGCACACUCUUACUUACCUCAUUUGGCACUUCUCACUCAGAAUGGGUCAAAUUCAUCAGGGCUACGCAGUCGUGUUGGUUUAAGCAGAUGGCACAUGAACAGCUUAGUUCCAGGAGUUGAGUUUGUGUCUGAAUUUAUGGACUAUACAGACUGUUAGAAGACUCUUUUUUUUCUCAAGUGUCUUUGACUGAUGCAGAUUUUAUUAUCGGUUGGUUUGUGGCAAUAAUACUCGCGUCGUGGAAUGAUGGGUUCAUUUCAGUGAUGUGCAUAAAAACUUCUCUGACGUACUAAAUAGAAACGCCCCAAAGUUGUUUUUUGUGCUUCCAGUUUUCGAUCCUGUGUUAGUGUAGGAUCCUAAUGCAUGAACCCCGUACCCCGAACCCAGUAUUUCCUCUCGACUAUUAUACACCAAGUGUACUUAUUGUAUAUCUGUGUAAUCAUCACAUGAAAACCAGACAAGUUGCAGCCACCGUUGGACCUGUGCGUCAACAUGAGCUGAAAACGACAUCUUAUGAUGGGUGUGUAUAAUUUUUCUUUUUUUUUUUUUAUUAUCUCAUAUGCAGCGGUGUGUAGAUUUACUGGCGAUCUGAAAUGUGAACAGCGGGUUCUAUUUUCACCAGUUUUUAAAGAUUGACUUUAUUGUGAUUUUUUUAUAUAUAUACAUCAAUGUUAAUGGUAAUGCAACUACAUGACCAAUGGUACUGGCCAACAGGGGCCUGUGAUCUUUAUGGUACAUUAUACAGUAUGUAGCAUUCUCCUUUACUGAUGCAAGCAUCUCGUGAAUCUGGCUUGUAUUGGUUGAUAGUGAUGCCUGUUGAAGGAUUGUGAAGUCAGAAAAUCCUAAGUCGAGGAACAGCAACUGCUUUGAAAUUAGGUAGACGUUGUCUUUCCUUCAUAUAAACUAGUUUAUGAGAAUAUUAGACACACAGGAAAUGCUUUGAUUGCCUUGUAAGGGUGAUCUAACCAAAGCAAAGCACACUGUGUUUGGAGAACAGUAAAAAUAUUUCAAAUAUUCUGUCCUAAAAUUCUUAGGGUGUUCGACGCUCACUGCAUAAAAAGCGCUAAUUCCGAAAUCUGCCCUUAGAUGGCGCAUUUUUGAGGCAUCGGAUGGCAGUUAGUCCGUUGGGAAAGCGUCCAAUAUUUUGGUCCAAUCCUUUUGGUAUUGGCUUCAGGUGCUUUGGUUCGACACCACUUCAUCCUCCUAAAAGUAGCUUCAAUUCUGUCAGAAUAUUAAAUGUCUUUACUGAAAGCAUUUAAUAUGUGCUUUAUUUACUUUCUCUUUUUAUAUAAACAUGUUUUUGUUGGUUGUUUUUGUAUUGGCAUAACCUUGUACAGCUCAAAUGUAACUGAUGUGCCAUGUCCUACUUGUGUCUUGUAUCACGUAUAUGAAAUAAACUGGAAUUUAUUUAAAUGUGAGCUCAGACAUUAAAGGUUGAGUAUGCAA